GAUUAUUGCCCCAGUAGGGCAGACCGCAAGUCCAGACAGCAUGUGUUCAAAUAUUUUUGGAAAAUAUCCUAUUUUCUUCCUCUUUUGGGUUCCUGAUUGGACUGAUUCACUAAAAAGUUGAUGCUUUCGUUGUGUUUAUUUUUGUGUGCAGGUAUUCACUAAUAUUCACGCUGGGAAUCACACAAACACAUUAGGAAUCUUAAUGUUUAUUUGGGUAAAUCGUAUCGAUUGAACACAUAUUUUCCUGCCAACUAAGUGAAACAGAAGCUUCAGUUUAUCAAAUAUAUUUUGCUAUUUUGAUAGUUCGGUCAUUAAGUUUCCAACGGAAAGAAGAGUCUGGGCACAAAAGCUGAAGGUUUUCACGAAUACCUAACAUCAUUCACUGCAUUCACUCUAUCAGAAAGAAAAGAAAUCAUGUUCACUUCAACUAGCCCCAUAAAUAAUAACCUCGUGGUGCCCAGUACUGUAUCGUCUGCAUCAAGUGACAUUAUUAUUUCUUCAACUACUGGUGUUCCAGCUAAUUUCAACAGUCCCACUGGCUCAUCAACUGCUCAACCAUCCGGAGUUACAUAUACAAAGGACCAUGAAGACAUUCAAUUUUCCAACACAACAUCUACAUGCUUGAAUCCUGUAGCAGACAUCUGUACCAAAGUAAUCAAUGAAGUUGAAGCAACCAAUAUAUUAGAUCCAAUUAACUCACAUCAAGUUGCCUCAUUGGAAGCUGCUGUAGCAGCAGCAGCUGCGGCCUUGGUUGUCUCAUCGAAAACGUCUACAAUAAUGUCACCGGUUUCUACUUAUGGUGAUCCUGUUAACCACCCAGCUCACCUAACUGACUUGUCAACGAAAGAUGCUGGUUCUAAUGCUCACGUACAAGAUAAAACAGAAACGAGCUACUCAUUUACUUCAUCAAGCUCUUCUAUAACUCAGAAUCAUAAAGUUCCAUUAUUUUCCUUAUGUGGAGAUUUAAACUUGCCGCUGAUUACUUCAACUACAAUCACAUCUAGUGCUUCUCCUUCAGUCACUAGUUCCAUCAUGAAUUCCGGAACAGCAGCCGGUUUAGCAGCUAAUCUGGUCAAUGUUGGGCCUAAACGUCUUCAUGUGUCUAAUAUUCCAUUUAGAUUCAGAGAGGCAGACCUUCGUCAGCUUUUAGGACCAUUUGGUACAAUACUGGAUGUAGAAAUUAUCUUCAAUGAACGUGGUUCCAAGGGUUUUGGUUUCGUCACAUUCGCAACGGGCGAAGAAGCUGAUCAUGCAAGAGAAAAUCUAAAUGGCACGGUAGUUGAAGGCAGAAAAAUUGAGGUAGGAUCCUACUGAGAUAUUGUAAAACGACACUUUAGAUUAUGGAACCAAAAAAGAAAAAAUACAUUGUUUAAACAUCCCAAUCUAUGCGAUACUUGUUUACUUAAAUUAGGGUUACUUGCACAGUAAAUCUCCACUUAUUUAUGAAAAGGAUUUGUGAAAAACAUAUCUACAAAGAAAAUCAUGACCUCAACUAACUGAGCCACUCUUUCUGUAUUUCACUCUCAGUCCAUCAUACUAAACACAUACACAAUUAUUGCUAUGACCUUUGGUGCUUGUUUGUUAGUGAAGGGUACAUAAGAAAAUCAAUUCAGUUAAUGUAGUGCAUACAUGAAACAAAUGAAUGUGUUGGCAUGUUUUAAUUCGUAUUAAUAUGUCUUCAAAAACGUGUAAAAAUCUAUGCUACAUUAAAAUUGUGUUCAUUUGUUUGCUUUCUUACAACCUAUUAAAAUUUGCCUCAUUGAAUCAAUAUUUGUGUAAAGCAUCAACUUGGCACUUUCUAUAAUGGAAAAUUGUAUCUUUGAUGAGGUGAAAUCUUCAAAUAAUUUGACAAAACGCUUCUGGGAAUUAAAAUACUGGAUAUCUUUUAACAACACAUAUUGUUUAAAACUAUCCGUUUGGUGCCAAUAGUCAAGUAGUUAUUAACCGACAGAUGGAAAUGUUUCUAAUGAACAUAAGGUUGUUUCACUACUUCGAAUUAGUUUCCAAAUGUUUGAAAGUAGAAAGUAAUAGACAAUUGUUUUGUCAUUCUUUGGAGGUAUUUAUCAAUUUUAAUCCAUAACACUUGUUUAUUAAAAAUCUGGAAUCUAUAAACCCUUAUACAAAUACUCUAGGUUGAAAAAUUAUUGGGUCAAAUUGUAAUAACUGAUAUUUUUGCUUGAGCGAUUUACUAUAUAGGAAAACGUUCUUUAUUGUCAUCUACAUUACUGUUAUAAUCAAGCGCCAAGUAGAUUUAUGAGGCUGAAUUUCAAACCAGUCAUUAGUGAGUGUUUAGGGAUUUAUCCAAUCCCAUUUUGAUACAACUCUCGAUACCCUACAAUACUAUAAGUUAUUGAUAUUCACCACCCGCCUAUAUCAACUUGUUAUUUAGUCCUCUUAAUGUUAUGUUUUCCUAAGCGUAGGAUUAAAACUCAUUUUAGAAUUAACAUAUUGAUUGUUAACCAUUUAUAUUUUUAAAAAGUUAGCAAUUUAUGUUUCGAAAAUUCCAGUUGACAUGCUGACUCCACUUUUCAAUCACGAGCUGUAAAAUUUGUAAAGAACAUUAUGUGUUCGUUUGAAGACCCCUUAGACCAACAGACUAGUACUUUUGUCAUACAGUCAACCUAUUUAAUAGACAGUGGGAUAUUAGAAAGCAUUUAGCAACUUGGUCACUUCUUAACUGAAUAAAUCUUUUAAAAACAACGUUUGAUUAAUCUUUGAUGAACAAGAUGACUGAAACUGAAUCACUUCAAAAACUGUUGUGCUACAGAAAAACUCUUUAGAAAUUAUUGUCGAAAUGAGAUUCAUACACUUGACAUACUCUAAACUAGUGGUGAAAAUUAGUUGUAUUCUCCAGUUCACAAGAUUCAUUAUAUGACUCACUGUCUAAAACUGUUAUUUGCACUUAAUAGUGUGAUGAUAUGACUUGAAUUGUGAUCUUUGAUGAUACGAUAAUCAUUCGACCAGAUUUCAAUGUUAUAGAUGAAAAUACUGUCAAAUUACAAUGUAUAUUGUAGAUUGAUUUUAAAGUGAUUUUCUAUCAAAAGAGUUAGAAAUUUUCUAAUCAAGACAUCAUGUACUCAUACUUUGAUAACACAAUAUGUUAAUUGCUGAUAGUCGUAUAUGUAAGUUAACCAAUUACACCUCGUAAAUGAAGUAUCAUAGAGCAAAAUAGGCAUCAUGUUGAAGCAUUCCUAUACUUAAAGAGGAAGAAUGUAUUUGUAAAAUCUCAGCGAAAGAAUUUGAAGUAAAUCCAACGUUUCACCUGGCAAUCUGGUCCAAGCUUUUUCAAGGAAAAUAUAAUCAAACAACAAAAUUAUCGAAACGUUGGAUUUACUUCAAAUUCUUUCGCUGAGAUUUUACAAAUACAUUUUUCCUCUUUAAUGACUCACAUUAACUCGGCGCCCAAAUAUUGUGAAACUAUUCGUUCAAAUUUGGACGAAAGUUCUUAUUUAUUCCUACACUUUAAUGUUUAGAUAUUGCAUUAUGAAUUAAGUAAAAUGAUGACAUAGUGAAGAAUGAAUAACAAAAUAUUUGAAAUGCAUCAUACACUGUAUUAUUUUCGUAGUAAUUUUAAUUUUUGAUCAUUCUUCUAUGUGCAAAACAAUCUGUUUCUAGUAUGCUGAAUUUCACUCUCGUUCACUAACAUCACUGGUCCAAUACCCAUAAGACGACAUACUGGUAAAGAAUACUGUGUGUUAUCAGUCAAUGAACAUAAGCUUUUUCAAUAUUUGAAUGCGCAAUUCUGUGUGCAAAGCCUAUGUUACUUAGUCAAAUAUUUGUUGGUUCAUUUGUGAAUGUUUGUGUGUAUGGUAAUGCACUGAACACAAGUGCAUAUAGAUUGAAACUACUCACUACGUAAGUAUGUUAAUACCAUAAUUAUGACAGAUUAAUGUAUAACGAUAACUUAGAGCUUGAAAUGGGUAACUUCAUGAAUCACAAUUAUACCCCAAGCUUUUCGAUAAUUUGAAAAGUAAAGUUGAUUGUAGUUUGAAUCAUUUUUUUAUUUUUAAUGUUUAAGUUACAUACUGAUGUACAUUAUCAAUUCUUUUUCUGUGGUAUAAUCUUGAUAAAAGUUCUGUAAAUCAAUGGAAAAAAGUGAGCAGCUAGUAUAUUAUCUGUAUGGCAGCUUUGAAAUUUGAUUUUCUACCAUAUAACUUUAAGGCAGUUUAGUAAUUUUUUCACUUUCGAGUGACUGUAGAUUUGUUAGCAUUUAUGGACAAUAUAUAUUGAAGCUUCUGUUGUCGAAUGAAACCCUUCAGCUUAAAGUUAAUCUAUGUUCCACAUUUAGAGCUUUUCCGAUAACUAUUUGACACGCAUGACUUUCGCGGCACGCCAUUUGUUCACAGAAAAGCGAUUUAAUCAGGUUCGCAUGUAUAAUUACUUAUCUGUUUCUAUGUUGAUAAAGUGUUUUUUUUCAAUGCUGAUACGUGUAACAUUUGAUAGACUGAUCAGUUGAUGCAUGUAAUGCUGCAUUACCUUAAAUUUAGUGUCCUAUGGUCGAUAAAAUCAGCUUUAACGAGGUUAAGGGGAAUUCAGGAGUUAUGUAGUUAGGCUACCAAUGAUAUGAGAGUAUUUGAUGUGUUUAAGUCCAGUGAUGCACGCAGCUUCAUAUUACUAACUAAAGUACCGGUUAAUUAUGUCUUUCAAUCAGGAGGCUUACAUGAAAUCUUUCUAAUUUGAGAUUGAUUAUGCGAAUUAUGGGGGAAACCGGAAACCUCAUCUGGCCUAGUUAUCUUCAUCUCUCUUAACGAAAAACAUAGUGUCUGUCUUUUUAUCUAAUAAAGGAUAGUUGAGUAAGUUAUGAAGUCAUUUUUGCUGUUUGAUUAUGAUCUAUAAGCUUUAUAAAGUUACGAUGUACAUCGUAUUAUUGUCACUGAUAUGUCAUACAAUGGAUUAUGAAUAUGAUUUUAUGUAGAUAUUUAAAAAGCAUUAAGCGAUUGUGGAUAAUUUCUAGACAGAAUCAGGAGAGAGGUUAGUGAACCACGAAUUCUUUUCACACGUUGAUAUUUGUAUUUAAUUUCUAAUUUAACUAAGCUGAAGAUAUACUAUCUUUUAGGAACACUGACAUUAUCUGACUGCUUACUUCGAAAGUUAAUCAUUCAGCAAAGUAUAAAAGAUUUCCAACUCUCUGUCACUGCAUUCUAGUUUGAUGCAAUAGAUUAACUCUCGUUGAUUACUUCAGUCUCAAAGCCGUACUUCGUUACGAUUGAUAACGGAACUAAUAAAACUCAGGGGCAUUUAACAAAGUACUACUAGUGACAAUUUAGGCUUUAUAUUGAAAUAAAAAUAGUAGAGACAAACUGAAAUUCUUAACCAACUGUUUUGUUUCCAAAUGUCCGUCGAAUAACAUUAAUGGUCAAUGAAUCAUUUAUAGCUUAUUACUUAUAUUUUGCAAAUUUUUACCCUAAAACGAAUUUUGAAACAAAUCUCUGAUACUCAUUUUAAAAGAUGGUUGAAAGGUGCCUUAGAUAUGAGUUUUAUGUUUGUUAAGAUUCAUUAAAUCUUGUUCAAACCUAUUAUGUAGCUAACUCAAGUUCUACCACGUAAUAGCUGAAUGUCGAAAUGUUUAGACAGAUACAAGUCCGAUUUACAAGUGAUAAGAAAUAAAAAUUGAUUGAAAAAUAUCGACUUUAUCUGUUAUACGAUUUUAGUUUGUCCUAAAUUCAUCGACAAAGUCUUUGAGGUGUGUAUUUACUUACGCCAAACAUUUCAAAAUAGUUACUUUAACUUGUUUUACAUUGGAUUAGUAAUUACUUUCAUUACCGCUUCAAUUGCUUAUUGGUAUCUACUUAGUAGUUAGAUGCUCUUAUAUUUGUACUAAAAAUCUGAACCUAUAGGUCUGCGUGUCAAUCCAUUUUCUUACUAGAUUAAUAAUGCUACUGCACGGGUUAUGACAAAGAAAAAGUCUGAAUCACCUACACUCCUGAAAACAGCAACAACGCUUCGAGGUGUCAGAGCGCUUGUACCAAGUACGUCUUCGACAGCUGCGAUAGCUGCUGCUGCUGCUGCAUUGCGUGGUGCAGCAGGGAUUACAUGUGGAUUACCAGUAGUUUCAAUGCCAACACCCGGCAACCUAGCAUCCAUGGUUGUUGGUUCAGGACUUGGUGGACUAUUACAGAACCAAGCUUGUUUUGCAACCACUAACCCAACACUCACAAAUAUAGCUGCUAUGCCUGCUGGUAAUACUUUUAAUGCGAAUCAAGCUUUAUUAGCAGCUGCGAUGGCAAGUGCUUCAGGAACACCCGUAAAUUACAAUCCUGCAGCUGCAGCUGCAUUCUGUUUAGCUGGAGCUGACCCAAACACCGCAGCUUUACUUGCUAGUUAUGCUGCUGCAGCGUUCGGAGGGAUUGGAAGUCCAAGUCCUGGAUGCCUUGGGACCAAUAAUGGGCCCGUUAGUGGAACUACACCAUCAACCGCCAUCCAAACGUUUGGAUCACCGUCUCAAGCACCCGGUUUGACAAAUUCCUUGGCUGCUAUGGCAAUGUUCCCCCAAACGGGAACUCUUUUAGGACCGAAUGGUCAUACACCACUGGUUCAGUGGUUUGAUCCUAGUUCAAAUAUGGGUGUUGAACUAGAGUUACAGCAUCGUAUCCAACAGCAACAGCAGCAGAUUCAAGCAAACCAAAGGGCUCUAGCAGCGGCGGUAGCUGCUGGUUUUACUCCUGUAAGUCUUCCUGCCACGAAUACGAUCGAAAACUUGACGGGGUCGAUUUCAGGGAAUCCAGUUGGAUUGUGUGGAGCCUUUUCACCUUCUCAAGCAGCUGCAGCUGUAGCUGCAAAUAUGUUGAGGGCUUUCUCAAACUCAACGAAUUCGUUUAAUGCCACUAAUUUAACGUCUAACAGAUCUGUCACAAGUAACUCAAAUGUACUUGUUAGUUCAGCUUCCGGUUCUCAGAAUGCUACUGCUGUACAAAUUCAGGCAAAUGGUGCUCAUACCUCAAUUUCUGCCAGUCAAGUCGCAGUCAGUGGGUCAAAUACACCAGGAGUAGUCCAGGCCUCACUUUCUGGAACAAAUCAACCUGCAAUUGCGGCUGCAGCUGCGGCAGCUGCAGCUGUAGCUUCUCAACAUUUUCCCACACAAACAUCAGUUAGUCCAACAGUGAUGUCUUAUUUACCGGAUUUAAAUGCAGCAGCUGCCGCAGCAGCUAGUAUGGACCCUUAUCUAAAUAGACUUGCAGCGGGCUAUGCAAUAAACAAUGCAGUGGUCACUACACCUGCAAUAUAUCGAACUAACUCAAGCUAUCAACGUUUCUCGCCUUAUUAAAAUCGAAUGUACUUCCAUCAGCCUUUGUUCGUUUUCGUUAUAUAGCUAGCCUUAUUAGGUGGAAUGCACUUCUGCUAAUAUUGUUUAUUAGUUGUAAAGCUCAUUUUAUAAAGUUAUAAUCAUCUGCUCGUGUUUAUUUGCCCUUAUUUAUUUCCUGUUAGUUUUGGUGUGCAUUGCUCGUCUAAAGAAAUUGAUUCGACGCAUAAAUAGGAUAGAUUGACGUGCUUACAAAAAGCAGUAAUUUAUUCUCCCUUUGAGAUUGGGGGUCUUU